GCCCGGGCUGCACGCGCGUGCCAGGCUGGAGCAUGAGCCGGAUUUGACCGCGAGGCGGAGGCAAGAGCCACCGCCCCCUCUUCUCCUCACCCGAGUGAGGCGGCGCGGCGGCCGGAGAGGCAUGGGGGGCGCCCGCCCAGUCUGAGCCUCGCCGCAGGCGCUUCCAGCUCUCGCUGAGUUCCCCGCGGGCCUCCAGGGCGCACCGUCGGCCCCGGCAGCCUUUGCCCGGCGGGCGCACCGGGGUCGGCAAGGAGGGGGUGCAGGGCGAGGAGAGGCGUCCGCCCGGGUGGGUGGGGCGCAGGGAGUACCUGAGAACACCGGCUCGGCGCGAGAGGCAGGGGCGGCAGAACUGCAGAGCUGCGGAGUCGAUCCGACCCUUACCCUCAGCCCGGGAAGUAACCAAUGUGAAACAUGUUGCAGAAGCAUUCAAGAAGUGGCUGAAGGGGGAAGGAAAAAGUGCCACUGCCUAUCAGAAAAAAACAAAAUAAAACAUGGGAAAUACAACCACCAAAUUCCGUAAAGCACUCAUCAGUGGUGAUGAAAACCUGGCCUGCCAAAUAUAUGAAAACAACCCUCAGCUAAAAGAAUCCCUUGAUCCAAAUACAUCUUACGGGGAGCCCUACCAGCACAAUACGCCAUUACACUAUGCUGCUAGACAUGGAAUGAAUAGAAUAUUAGGGACCUUUCUUUUUGGUAGAGAUGGAAAUCCAAAUAAACGGAAUGUGCACAAUGAAACAUCUAUGCAUUUGUUAUGUAUGGGCCCUCAAAUUAUGAUAUCGGAAGGAGCCCUUCAUCCUCGCUUAGCACGCCCCGCGGAAGAUGAUUUUAGAAGAGCAGACUGUCUGCAGAUGAUUUUAAGAUGGAAAGGAGCAAAACUUGACCAAGGCGAAUAUGAGAGAGCAGCUAUUGAUGCCGUUGAUAACAAAAAGAACACACCCCUGCACUAUGCUGCUGCCUCAGGGAUGAAAACCUGUGUAGAGCUUUUAGUAAAACAUGGAGGAGACUUGUUUGCUGAGAAUGAGAAUAAAGAUACUCCUUGUGAUUGUGCUGAAAAGCAACACCACAAAGAUUUGGCCCUCAAUCUGGAAUCUCAAAUGGUAUUCUCACGAGAUCCUGAAGCUGAAGAAAUAGAAGCUGAAUAUGCUGCAUUAGACAAACGAGAGCCAUAUGAAGGAUUAAGACCUCAGGAUCUUCGUAGAUUGAAAGAUAUGCUUAUUGUGGAAACAGCAGACAUGCUCCAGGCUCCACUAUUUACUGCUGAAGCUUUACUUCGAGCUCAUGAUUGGGACAGGGAGAAAUUACUUGAAGCUUGGAUGUCCAACCCAGAGAACUGCUGCCAACGAUCAGGUGUUCAAAUGCCAACUCCGCCACCAAGUGGGUAUAAUGCCUGGGACACACUCCCUUCUCCAAGAACUCCAAGGACUACACGCUCUUCCGUCACCUCUCCAGAUGAAAUAAGUUUAUCUCCUGGGGAUUUGGACACCAGUUUGUGUGACAUUUGUAUGUGCAGUAUUUCUGUAUUUGAAGACCCAGUGGAUAUGCCCUGUGGACAUGACUUUUGUAGAGGAUGUUGGGAGUCGUUUUUGAAUCUGAAAAUUCAAGAAGGUGAAGCUCACAACAUUUUCUGCCCUGCAUAUGAUUGCUUCCAACUUGUUCCUGUGGAUAUCAUAGAAAGCGUAGUUUCUAAGGAGAUGGACAAACGAUACCUACAGUUUGAUAUUAAGGCCUUUGUUGAAAAUAAUCCUGCCAUUAAAUGGUGUCCUACUCCAGGCUGUGAAAGAGCAGUCAGACUAACAAAACAAGGGUCAAACACAUCUGGGUCUGAUACACUCAGCUUCCCCUUGCUCAGAGCCCCUGCUGUGGACUGUGGAAAAGGACACCUCUUCUGCUGGGAGUGCCUUGGUGAAGCCCAUGAGCCUUGUGACUGCCAAACAUGGAAAAACUGGCUACAAAAAAUAACUGAAAUGAAACCAGAAGAACUUGUGGGAGUUAGUGAAGCUUAUGAGGAUGCUGCCAAUUGUCUCUGGUUGUUAACUAACUCCAAGCCUUGUGCUAACUGUAAGUCUCCAAUACAGAAGAAUGAGGGAUGCAAUCACAUGCAGUGUGCUAAGUGCAAGUAUGACUUUUGCUGGAUUUGCCUAGAAGAAUGGAAAAAACAUAGUUCUUCCACAGGAGGUUAUUACAGAUGUACUCGCUAUGAAGUCAUUCAGCAUGUGGAGGAACAAUCCAAGGAAAUGACUGUGGAGGCUGAGAAAAAACACAAACGAUUUCAGGAACUUGACAGAUUUAUGCACUACUACACAAGAUUUAAAAAUCAUGAACAUAGCUAUCAGUUAGAACAACGCCUUCUUAAAACAGCCAAAGAAAAGAUGGAGCAAUUGAGUAGAGCUCUCAAAGAAACUGAAGGAGGUUGUCCAGAUACCACUUUCAUCGAAGAUGCAGUUCACGUGCUCUUAAAAACUCGACGCAUUCUCAAGUGUUCUUAUCCAUAUGGAUUUUUCUUAGAACCUAAAAGCACAAAGAAAGAAAUUUUUGAACUCAUGCAAACAGACUUAGAGAUGGUCACUGAAGACCUUGCCCAAAAAGUCAAUAGGCCUUACCUUCGCACACCCCGCCACAAGAUAAUCAAGGCAGCAUGCCUUGUACAGCAGAAGAGGCAAGAGUUCCUGGCAUCUGUGGCUCGGGGAGUUGCUCCUGCAGACUCACCAGAAGCUCCAAGACGCAGCUUUGCUGGUGGAACAUGGGAUUGGGAAUAUUUAGGAUUUGCAUCACCUGAGGAAUAUGCUGAAUUUCAGUAUCGGAGGAGGCACAGACAACAACGCCGUCGAGGAGAUGUGCACAGUAUGCUUAGUAAUCCUCCAGACCCUGAUGAGCCAAGUGAAAGCACUUUAGAUAUCCCGGAAGGUGGCGGUGGCCACAGGCCUGGCACCUCCGUGGUAAGUUCUGCGUCUAUGAGCGCACUGCACAGCUCUUCCCUGCACGACUACACCCCCGCCAGUCACUCUGAGAACCAGGACUCUCUUCAGGCUCUGAGUUCCUUGGAUGAAGACGAUCCCAAUAUACUUCUUGCAAUACAGUUAUCUCUGCAAGAAUCUGGGCUAGCCAUCAAUGAAGAAAAUAGAGACUUUCUCAGUAAUGAAGCAUCGUUAGGAGCGAUAGGCACCUCUUUACCUUCCAGGCUGGACUCCGUCCCCAGAAACACAGAUAGCCCUCGGGCUGCGUUGAGCAGUUCUGAGCUGUUGGAACUUGGUAACAGCCUCAUGAGACUAGGAGCAGAAAGUGACCCAUUUUCAACUGACACCCUGAGUUCACACCCUCUCAGUGAGGUGAGAAGUGAAUUCUAUCCCUCAUCCAGUGACCCUGACUCAGCUGGCCAGGACGCCAACAUCAAUGACAAUCUUCUUGGCAAUAUUAUGGCUUGGUUUCAUGACAUGAACCCUCAGAGUAUCGCCCUGAUUCCUCCAGCAGCUACAGAAAUCAGUGCAGAUUCCCAGCUCCCCUGUGUCAAAGAUGAGUCAGAAGGUGUGAGGGAUGUGGAACUGAUGCCGCCAGAAGAUUCAGUGUUUGAAGAUGCUGUGGUCAGUGAAGGUAGAGGAACCCAAAUAGAAGAAGAAAAUCCUUUGGAAGGAAACAUUCUGGCUGGGGAAACAGCAUCUCAAGCUGGCAACAGUGGUAAUGAGGCAGCCAACAAGGGGGAUGGUUCUGAUGUUUUGAGUCAAACACCUCAAACCUCAAGUGACUGGCCUGAACAAGUACAUUUAGUGUGAGCUGCACACCUCGGGGCUCUAAAUGAAUUGCAGGUACAGAUGGUAUGCUAGUGGAAUAUGCUUUAUAGAGAUUUGAUCCACUUAAUUCCAACUAAUUAUAAACCACUGACAUCAGAAUUAAAUACAAAGGAGUUCCCUUGAAUGGUAGCUUCAUUUCUGAUUUUAACCUUACGGGGAAUUUCUUUUGUAUUUAAUUGGAUAGCUUUUCUCCUUUUUGCUGACGAACAGAAGAGUGGGAGAGAGAAACACAAAUGAAAUAAAUAGGUUAGAUUCCACAUUUUAAGAAAAUGCAGUCCUCUGUUUAGCCUAAGGUCAGCAAUACUUAAAUUGAACAUUUAAA